AUGUUUGCCACUUCCCCACGGGGUAUAUCUUGCACCCGACCGCCGCCCCACAACAUCCCGGACGUUCAUACUACAUUCCUCUGGUAUCUCAUCGCACUUGAUUUGCAAUUCUCAUAUUAUUUCCUCGUUAUGGAGGAGAAAAAGAUUAGCCCAGCUGAGGAUUCCCUCGGUCACCUCGAACAUGAAGAAUCAUCGGACGUUCUUCGGCGAGGAUCCACGGUAUCUGCGGAUAUGGAAAGCCCUGCACCAGUUUGGGAAUUGCGACGCACUUACACAAAGAGUGGAAUCUCGGGGAUUUUCGCCUCUAGAUAUGUGUUCACAUGUGCCUUUCUUGCUACCCUAGGUGGUUUACUGUUUGGGUACGAUCAGGGUGUGGUCUCAAUCACACUCGUCAUGCCACAGUUUCUCGACGAUUUCCCCAGAGGAGCGAUGAACCAAGGUUGGCUCGCCGACAAAAUCUCCCGUAGAUGGAGUAUUUUCGUCGGUGGCAUUGUUUUCAUGAUCGGUGGAGCGCUACAGACAGGUGCGGCCUCAUUCGCGAUGCUUACCGUCGCACGUUUUAUUGGGGGUGUCGGUGUGGGAAUGCUUGCCAUGGUCUCGCCUCUAUAUAUCGGCGAAAUCGCACCUCCAGAGAUCCGAGGAACUUUACUAGUGCUCCAAGAGCUUUGUAUCGUUACGGGUAUCGUGAUUGCUUUCUAUAUCACCUAUGGAACGCGACACAUCCCUAGUUUUUGGGCAUGGCGUCUUCCAUUCUUGAUCCAGUUGAUACCAGCUAUCCUUAUGUGUGCUGGAGUCUUUUUCAUUCCUUACUCCCCGCGAUGGCUUUCUCAACAGGGCCGACAUGAAGAAAGCCUCCAGACACUUGCUAAGAUCCGCCAGCACCCUACUACUGAUGAACGGGUCAUGGAAGAAUGGCUCGAAAUCAGAGCUGAGUGCGAAUACCGCAACGAAAUUUCCGAGAAAAAGCAUCAUACUCUCACAAAGCCGGGUAAUUGGAAUGCUAUUAAGCUUCAGAUUGCACUUUACGCCGAUUGUUGGAAAAUGCCAACCUAUAAACGCACUCAAGUUGCCGUGGGCUUGAUGUUCUUCCAGCAAUUUGUCGGAAUCAAUGCAUUGAUCUACUACUCUCCAAGUUUAUUUGAGAGUAUGGGGUUAGACUAUGAGAUGCAACUGACUAUGUCGGGCAUCAUGAAUAUCUGCCAGGUUGUUGCCUGUGUGUGGUCCCUUUGGGGUAUGGAUCGGUUUGGUCGCCGCAAACUUCUCCUGGGAGGAGCAAUCUGCAUGUUUAUCUCCCAUUUUGUGAUUGCCGUGCUCGUUGGUAAAUACCAGAAUAACUGGCCUGAGCAUACUGCUGCAGGUUGGGCAAGUGUGGCUUUUCUUCUAUUCUUCAUGUUGACAUUUGGAGCAACCUGGGGUCCUAUUCCAUGGGCAAUGCCUGCGGAGAUCUUUCCUUCCUCGCUUCGCGCUAAAGGAUGUGCAUUCGGCACCAUGUCUAACUGGGGUAACAAUUUCAUCAUCGGAUUGAUCACACCCCCAAUGAUUCAAAACAUCACGUAUGGCACUUACGUUUUCUUUUGUAUCUUUUGCGCUAUUUCAUUUGUCUGGGUGUACUUUCUUGUCCCGGAAACCAAUGGACGUACCCUGGAACAAAUGGACUCUGUGUUUAAAGACAGAAGUACCAACGAAGAAGCUGAAAGACGGGCGGAAAUUAUGGCGGGACUCAGGCGAGAUCCUGCUAGCCAACAGGUCGAGGUAGUGCCCUAG